AUGGACACAGAGGAUGGAACCGUCCCCCUUGACGAAACAUAUACAGAAACAGUCAGCUACCACGGACGUAUUUUCCAGCAGCAUGCCCUGGCAAAAAGGAUAUAUUUUGCUCCGAUCGAUGAAGAAGAAAUAGCGCAAUUAGGAGAGAUGCACUCUAUGCUCCGCACGGUCUUCGAUAAUAGACUGAUAUUUCCUCCUGUGAGCCGACCAAAGAUGAUUCUCGAAUGCGGAUUUGGUGCAGGAGACUGGUCUGUUGAUGUCGCUGAGCAGCACCCAGACGCGGAGGUCAUCGGGUUAGACAUUAGUCCGCACAUGAUCCCAGAAGAGUUGCCUGAUAAUCUGGACCUUCAAGUCGACGACCUAAACGGAGACUUCACAUUUCCACCCGAUCAUUUCGACGUCGUACACAGCCAGUUGAUGGCAGGCGGGAUCCGCGCAAACCGCUGGCAAAGCUAUCUGAAAGACAUAUACCGCGUGCUUCAACCUGGAGGUUGGUGCCAAAUGGUCGAAAUGUAUUUCAACGCUCAAUCAGAUAACGGAACGCUGUCUCCAGAUCACGCGCUUUCGAGAUGGUCAAGCGGAUAUCUUGAUGCCAUGCAUCCUCAAAAGGACCCACGAGCAGCUCUACGCCUCAAAGAUUGGAUGAAGAAUGCAGGCUUCGUCGACAUUGAAUCACGUCUUCUGACUCUACCCAUGUGCCCUUGGCCAAGCGAUCCCCGCGACCAUGACAUUGGUACUCUGAAUGCAGGUAUCGUAAGCCAGCUGCUCUAUUCGAUGGGUCUAUAUCCAUUCACACAAAUGCGAGAUAUGCCUUUGGAAGAUUUUCAGCUCAUGGUGGCUCAAGCGAGAAAUGAGGCCGCGAAUCCUUCGUACAGGGGAUGA